AGCUGGGAGGUACGUACUGCUGAGGCUCCGACAAGACCCACAUAUGCUAUAUGAUUGGCUCAGAGCUAGGUUUACUGGUGAAAGUUACGUCCACCGAUGGCCGCCUGCAGCUGCUUGCAACCGCUGGCAAAUCCAUAAACCAUAAACCGUUAAACGAAGCUCUGAAGUUUUUAUGAGGCUUCAUCAACCAACGACGUCGACAUAAUCGAGAAUCCAGUGGUCUAUCUUCAUCCUACGACUCAUUAUACCCUCUGAUACUCUAUUUAAGCCCACGUCAGCUCUUCUGUCGCCCAAUUCAUCAUGGGUUCCGACCCCCAGUACGCGAAAUGGCCUGCUCUACCAUUAGCCCAACAUGUCUUCACCAUCACGAAUCCCUACGCCACUCGACCCGCCCAGCAGGCUGCCAUAAAGAGCUUACAAGAUGGAAUCAGUGAGAAUAAAAUGGCCCCGCUGUACAAGUAUCUAGCCCAUCCUACCGAGGGUAUCCUAAAUACCAUCGGUGAGACCACAUCGGCAUCAGCGCCCCAGAAGCCUACCGGGAGGAAACCAAGCGCCGCCGGGAUGGUUGCUAGCAAGACUGCCGGCGCUACCUUAGCUUGGGACGAGAAUCUUUACAAUAAGUUACAGGCAGAGAAUGAUAAGGAGCUGGAGGGGUUCCAGAAGGAGGAGGAUGAAGCAGUUGAGCAGGCUGGCGAAACGGAAAUCAUGGCAGCGAAGGGAAAGCGUGCCGAUUUCUUUGCUAAGAUUGGUGACAAGGAUAAAGCGAUAGCAACCUACGAAGACGUCUUCGAGAAGACGGGCAUCUUAGGCACCAAGAUCGACUUAGUUCUCGCCAUAAUCCGCAUGGGACUUUUCUACGGCGACAAGGCUCUAGUGAAGAAGCAUGUUGCGCGCGCUAAGACUCUUGUUGACAGCGGCGGCGACUGGGACCGCCGCAACCGACUAAAGGCCUACGAGGGCCUCCACCUACUAACGGUACGAUCGUAUAACCUCGCCGCUCCUUUACUCCUCGACUCCCUGUCGACCUUCACCAGUUACGAGUUGUGCACGUACUCGAACCUAGUCGUCUACUCCGUUCUUGCCGGUUCAGUCUCUCUUAAGCGGGUUGACUUCAAGAGCAAGGUCGUUGACGCCCCUGAAAUCAAGGCCAUCCUCGGCGCCGACGGCGACGACAAGCUCCUGGCCCUAACCGGCGCCAUAUCUGCAGGUCCUGGCGCUGAGGACUCUGAAGUGCGCGAUACCGCCGCCAAGGAAGCGGCCUCCUCACCCGCGGCCCCCACCAAGACCGUAACGGCCGUGAACCUGACGACCCUAGGCACCAGCACGGACCAACCCGAGACCGAGCUGGCCGUGGACUUCUCUCCCCUAGCCCAGCUGGUGAGCAGCCUGUACAACGGCCACUACAAGCUCUUCUUCCAGGCCCUCGCCCAAGUCGAGGAGCAGUUCCUGACCCAGGACCGCUACCUGCACGAGCAUAAGGGCUGGUUCAUCCGGGAGAUGCGCCUCCGUGCCUACCAGCAGCUACUACAGAGCUACCGUGUCGUCGGGCUCGAGAGCAUGGCCAAUGACUUCGGCGUCACGGUGGAUUUCCUAGAUCGCGACCUAGCCAAAUUCAUCGCCGGCGGCCGCAUCCCCUGCACCAUCGACCGCGUCACCGGCAAAGGCGUCAUCGAGACCAACCGCCCCGACGACAAGAACAAGCAGUACCAGGACGUCGUCAAGCAGGGCGACCAGCUCAUCACCAAGCUCCAGAAGUACGGACAGGCCGUGCGGCUACGGGGUAGCGAGAGGGCGUAAAAGGUACAAGAGGGGAGGUAGGAAGAUUACAUACAUACAUACAUAUCCUAGGUAUCCCGGCGUUUCGUUUAUUCACUAGGAAUAGUGGUAAAAGUUGUGGGGAAUACCUAGUACGUAUGUAAGUAUGGAUGGGUGGGUGGAGGAUGGAUGGGACAGGCGUCCGGGACGAAGAAGACAGCAUUGCGAAGUCUGUGCAAUAGAAGAAAAAAAUUAAUGUACCAAUAAAUACCAGCCUAACGUAGACGAGCUGAGAAUCGCUUGAUGUUUUUGGAUCACA